AUGGCUGCCUGCGCCACUCACUCCUCUCUCAUGCUAGCUUACACCGCCGCAUCGAGUCGUUCCCAGGACCUUGCACCUCCUUCUCUCUUCUCUUUUGCCAACCCCAGACCCAACCCCCCGCUUCUUCUCCUUGGGGGAAGGAGAUGUGCUUCUUUUCUUGACAGGCGUCCCAACCGAUCUUUCCCGGUACUUGUCUCCGCCGUGGCCGACAUCGACUCGGAGGAGAAUGACCUUGAGGAAGCCACCGCCACAGCCACAGCCGUCCUUGAUCCGCCCAAGCCUAAGAAAGGAAAAGCCGCUUUGGUUCUCAAGAGAGAUAGGACAAGGUCCAAGAGGUUUUUGGAAAUCCAAAAGCUAAGGGAAACCAAAAAGGAGUACGACGUCAAGACCGCUAUUUCGUUGCUUAAGCAAACCGCAAACACAAGGUUUGUGGAGUCGGUAGAAGCCCAUUUCCGCCUCAACAUCGAUCCCAAGUACAAUGAUCAGCAGCUGCGAGCAACGGUGAGCCUGCCUAAGGGGACCGGGCAGACUGUUAAAGUGGCUGUUCUUGCACAAGGUGAGAAGGUCGACGAAGCAAAAAAUGCAGGGGCAGAUAUUGUGGGAAGUGAUGAUUUGAUUGAACAAAUCAAAGGAGGGUUCAUGGAGUUUGACAAGUUAAUUGCAUCCCCGGAUAUGAUGGUCAAGGUUGCUGGCCUGGGAAAGAUUCUUGGCCCACGGGGACUCAUGCCAAAUCCCAAGGCUGGUACCGUCACAGCUAACAUUCCCCAGGCUAUAGAAGAGUUCAAGAAGGGGAAAGUGGAAUUCAGAGCAGACAAAACUGGGAUUGUUCACAUUCCCUUUGGGAAAGUGAAUUUUACAGAGGAAGACCUGCUCAUAAACUUCCUUGCAGCAGUGAAAUCGGUGGAGACAAACAAGCCAAAGGGAGCAAAAGGAGUGUACUGGAAAAGCGCGCACAUAUGUUCGUCGAUGGGGCCAUCCAUCAAGUUGAACAUAAGGGAGAUGAUCGACUUCAAGCCUUGA